AUGACAGCUGUUUUCAGAGGGCGGCAUCCAGCUGUAGCGGAGUACCAGCUGUUGGACUUGGUGAAGUUCCAUGAACUCUACGGCGCUGUGUUCUUUUCAAUGACGUAUUAUCUACGCUCUCCAGGACGUAUAAUCAUUGUUCAGGGCUACAUUGGAGAGUGGUAUCCUUUCCGCAUCCUUGGACCUCCCUUGGCUAUCUACAAUUAUUUCGCUCUUAUAUGGAAGCAAGAUUCUGAUGGGUUCGAUAUGACUCAGCAUAUCGGUGACCGAGGAGAUGGUCUCACAGAGUUAGAGAAAAUGAACCUCGCAAUGCGUGUUGCUGCUUUACAUUUUUCGCUCGUCAGUUCCUUGGCGCCAGGAUACGGAGACUUUUUCAUGGAGCCCCUGUAUCAAACCUCCCCCAGCCUACCAAACUUGCGUCCAGGCGAUAUGAGUCACAAAAUGUUGGCAUCCUCAAAGUCUGAAGGCCUCUACUAG